GCAGCUGCGUCGGGAGAGGAUGCAAGCCUUGGAGGCUGGUGAUGAGACGGCGAGUCUCAGCUUCCCGGGUGCCGAGAAAGAGCGGGAAGCAGCCAGGAAGAAGCAGGCAGCCAAGGAGGCUGAGCUUGCGGAAGCAGGCAAGGAGCUGCCCUUGGAGAGGCCCAGCAUCGAGAAAAGGCUUUUUGGCGAGGGCGGCCACCGCCCAGCCAAGGUCGCACGUACGGACGACAGGCGCAGUGGGGGUGAUCGAGAUAGAGAGAGGCUGGGCGACCAACCAAGACACCGUUCUUCGUUGGGUGCCCGUGAUGAGCGGGGCCGUGACCAGCGCUUGGAGCGAGAAAGGGACAGAUAUCCAGACCGUUAUCCAGAACGGGAUGCAUACGGCUCCCAACAACGAGCUCCGGACAGAAGCAGACACAGUGGGUCCAACUCACGAAGCCAUGCCUCGACUGGAAGCCAAAUACCUGGCAGCCAACCCAGGCAUGACCGAAGCUACGGAGCUGAUCGAGCCGCAGCUCGCAGCUACGAUGUGCAGUCCGGAACAAGAAGGGAUCCCCCAAACGCACCCAGCCGGGAGCUGUCGGAUAGAGAGGCAGCUCGUAGGCGCGAGGCGCCGCAGACCGCUUACCGCCGGGAUGCCAAUACGGCUGCCCACGGAAAGCCGCCAAGCACAGCACAGACCAGCCGGGACCGGGAGGGUACACGGACGUCAAGUGGCACCCAGAACCGCGACACGCGGAAUGCGGCAGCCAUACCCAGUGCAGGUAAGGGCGGGGCUGCAAGCCAUGGCAGAGGCACUGGAAAAGGGUCCUGGCGCCAGAAGGACUUGGACCCGCUGGAUGCCUUCAUGGCUGGCAUGGAGAGACAUGGGGAAGCCUUUGCCACGGGCGAUGUCCCAGCCGAGCCCCUGCGGCCACCGCAGCCACCACCUGCGCCACCGAG